GAGCGCGGCUGCGCGGAUUUCUGCAGUGGUGCGGGGCUGCGCGCGCGCUGCUGGAGUUCCACGUCACAUCAGGUCGAUCAGCGCUGAGGGCACGCGCCGCGCUGCCCGUGUGUGCAUGUUCGGAGCUCAAACCGCCCGCCAUGGGGUCCCGCGCGCUCGCGCCGCUGCUGCUGCUGCCGUGGCUCGCGACCCAAACGCGAGGAGGAUUUCCGAACCAGAUCAAUAUCGGUGGUCUGUUCAUGCGUUCUACGGUUCAGGAACACAGCGCUUUCCGUUUUGCUGUUCAGCUCUACAACACCAACCAGAACAUCACAGAGAAGCCGUUUCACCUCAACUACAACGUCGACAACCUGGAGUCGUCCAACAGCUUCUCUGUCACUCAUGCCUUUUGUUCUCAGUUCUCUCGUGGUGUGUAUGCGAUCUUUGGGUUCUAUGAUCAGCGCUCCAUGAACACGCUGUCGUCAUUCUGUGGUGCGCUCCACACCUCCUUCAUCACUCCAUCGUUCCCCCUCGACGCCGAUGUCCAAUUCGUCCUGCAGAUGAGACCCAGCCUUAAGGGGGCGCUGCUGAGCCUGCUGGGACAUUAUAAAUGGGACAGAUUUGUUUACCUGUAUGACACAGACAGAGGGUUCUCCAUGCUGCAAGCAAUAAUGGAGUCGGCAGUAGCGAAUAAUUGGCAGGUUACGGCUCGAUCCAUGGGGAAUAUCAUUGAUCCUCUGGAGUUCCGCAGGAUCAUAGAGGAGAUGGACCGCAGGCAGGAGAAGCGGUUUCUCAUCGACUGUGAGGUGGAGCGCAUCAAUGUUAUACUGGAACAGGUUGUGGCUUCAGGAAAGAACAGUCGAGGCUAUCACUACAUCCUGGCUAACCUGGGUUUCUCCAACAUGAGUGUGGAUAAGGUGUUUUCUGGAGGUGCUAACGUAACAGGGUUCCAGAUAAUAAACCCAGAGAACCCGAUAGUGCAGCAAUUCCUGCAGCGCUGGGACCGUCUGGACGAGAGGGAGUUUCCUGAGGCUAAAAACGUGCCGCUGAAGUACACGUCGGCGUUGACCCAUGACGCCAUUCUGGUGAUCGCGGAGGCGUUCCGGUACCUGCGGCGCCAGCGGGUGGAUAUUUCUCGGAGAGGCAGCGCUGGAGACUGCCUGGCCAAUCCGGCUGUGCCCUGGAGCCAGGGCAUCGACAUCGAGAGGGCCCUCAAAAUGGUCCAGGUUCAGGGGAUGACGGGCAACAUUCAGUUCGACUCGUUUGGCCGACGCUCAAACUACACGGUCGAUAUUUACGAGAUGAAGCCUGGAGGAGCCAGAAAGAUUGGGUACUGGAACGAAUAUGAGAAAUUUGUUUAUAUAGUGGAGCUGCAGGUUACCAACGAAUCCUCUUCUGUGGAAAACCGAACAAUUGUGGUCACUACUAUUAUGGAGGCUCCGUAUGUGAUGUAUAAGCGGAAUUAUAUGCAGAUGGAGGGUAAUGACCGCUAUGAGGGCUACUGCGUUGACUUGGCCUCAGAGAUCGCCAAACACGUAGGGAUCAAAUACAAACUGUCCAUCGUGGCCGACGGCAAAUAUGGGGCGCGUGACCCCGAGACCAGAACCUGGAACGGCAUGGUGGGAGAACUGGUGUACGGGAGGGCGGACAUCGCGGUGGCGCCGCUGACCAUCACGCUGGUGCGAGAAGAAGUGAUUGACUUCUCAAAGCCCUUCAUGAGCCUCGGCAUCUCCAUCAUGAUCAAAAAGCCCCAGAAGUCCAAGCCGGGCGUCUUCUCCUUCCUGGACCCGCUGGCCUACGAGAUCUGGAUGUGCAUCGUGUUCGCCUACAUCGGCGUGAGUGUGGUCCUCUUCCUGGUCAGCCGCUUCAGCCCGUACGAGUGGCACCUGGAUGACAGCGAUGAAGCAAAGGACCCUCAGAGCCCCCCGGACCCGCCCAACGACUUUGGCAUCUUCAACAGCCUGUGGUUCUCACUCGGAGCCUUCAUGCAGCAAGGAUGCGAUAUCUCGCCAAGGUCACUCUCCGGUCGUAUUGUGGGCGGAGUCUGGUGGUUUUUCACCCUCAUCAUCAUCUCGUCCUACACGGCUAACCUGGCUGCAUUUCUUACUGUGGAGAGGAUGGUGUCUCCUAUAGAGAGCGCAGAAGAUUUGGCCAAACAGACGGAGAUAGCGUACGGCACGCUGGACUCAGGGUCGACCAAAGAGUUCUUCAGGCGCUCUAAGAUCGCAGUCUAUGAGAAGAUGUGGUCGUAUAUGAAGUCGGCCGAGCCGUCUGUGUUCGUGAAGACGACUCCGGAUGGCGUGGCUCGGGUCCGGAAGUCGAAGGGGAAGUUUGCCUUCUUGCUGGAGUCGACCAUGAACGAGUACAUCGAGCAGCGCAAGCCCUGCGACACCAUGAAGGUGGGAGGGAACCUGGACUCCAAGGGAUACGGAGUGGCCACGCCCAAAGGGUCGGCAUUAAGAAGUGCUGUGAACCUGGCUGUGCUAAAGCUGAAUGAACAGGGCCUUUUGGACAAGCUGAAAAACAAAUGGUGGUACGACAAAGGAGAGUGUGGCAGCGGAGGAGGGGACUCCAAGGAUAAGACGAGUGCGCUGAGCCUCAGUAACGUGGCGGGGGUCUUCUAUAUCCUGGUGGGCGGUCUGGGGCUGGCCAUGACCGUAGCGCUGGUGGAAUUCUGCUACAAAUCCCGGCAGGAGACCAAACGGCUCAAACUAGCUAAAAACGCUCAGAACUUCAAAGCUGCUCCUCCAGCAAACACACAGAGCUUCGCCACCUACAGAGAGGGUUACAACGUCUACGGAACCGAGAGCGUCAAAAUAUAACGUGCGAUGGACACCUGUCCCCACCCUGAUGAUGUCACUGAUGCAUGGGGGGACAAGAUUCUCAAAGACUUUGAACUUAACCGAACACGCCCCCUCCAGAUACUGGCCCCUCCUACCACUCUCCUGUCCCCACCAGACACCCCAACUCCAGGUCUGACCCCUCGCCCGGUUCUGCCGUAACCUUAGCGACUGCACUCUCGGACUUCUGUUGUCUCGCAGUGCCUUACGGAACAUCCAGCCACCGGGACACAAAAACAAACAACAUGCAAACACAAACAACAUGCAAAAAAACAAACACCAAAACAAACAUACAGCAUGCAAACAAACAAACAUGUAAACAACAUGCAAAAAAGCAAAAACCAAAACAAACAUACAGCAUGCAAACAAACAAACAUGUAAACAACAUGCAAAAAAACCAAUACACAAGCGACGCUGCUGCUGUCUGGACAUCAGCGCUCGCUCAGCACAGUGCUUCCCUCGGUUCCGCAGGACAUUCAGGCUCCGCUGGACUGCUGGGCUGGGCUCUGUAGCAACUCGUACCACCAGGGAUGUUAAGGUGCUUUCCUGGUCACUAGCAGGAGUGUCUCCACACAGCUGCAAUGCCGUUCCUACAGCACCGGUGAUCCACUCCAGAGAAUCCAGCUUCAUUCAAGUGAUUAAAGCUUGAGCAGGUCUGGUCCCCAGGUCCACUCUGGAGUUAUCUCGCCACUGUAGCUCAGCUUCCUGAGUUUUUCUGCCAUUCUAGAGCAGUUCGCUUCAAUCACAAAGUACUUCAGCCCUAUACCAGAGUAGUUUAGCUCCAGUCCAGAGCAGGUCAGCUUCAUUACAAAGCAGUUUGACCAAAGCAGGUUAGCUCUAUUCCAGAGUGGUUGAGCCCCAAACCAGAGUUGAUCAGCACCACAUCAUAUCCAUUUAGUCGCAUUUCCCUCUAUUCAUGAAUGGUUUUAGGUCGUCCCAUUCUGUUCCAGAAAAUUUCGGCACUAUUCCAAAGCAGUUCAACUCUUUUCCAGAGUGGCUCAGCCCUGUUCUAGAACAUUUCAACUUCGAGAGUGGUUUGGUUCUAUUCCAGAGCCUUUUACCCCUAUUCCAGAGUGGUUUAACUUAUUCCAGUAUGAUUCAGUCCCUUUCCCUUUUGCUUCUGCCCCUUAUGAAAAUGGAACAGGUCCACUCCAAAACUUCAGAUCAGUUUAACUGCAGUGCACUGAUCCACUCUAGAGCAGUUCAGCUUUACUCUAGAGUACACUGUAAAAAAUGUAAAAAAAAAAAAAAAUGCUAACAAGCAGUUUAACUAGUUUUAUGCAAGUUAAUCAAAUACUUUGAAACAAAGCAAAAUAAACAAAGCAAUAUUUUUCAUCAGUAAACACUUUAAAGUAACUUAUCUAUUUCACUUUGUAUGGUGUAGUAAAGCAACAUUCUAGAUAGUUAUAGUAGUUUAUGUUUCAGGAGGCCCACUCUAGAGCAGUUCAGGUCUGUUAUAGACGGCCACUCUAGAGUAGUUUAUGUGUGAUAUAGAGGUCCACUCUAGAGCGGUUCAGAUCCAAGUACUAAAACACAUUUUAGCUUUUCUCUCUGCUUUUGUCCUUUACAUAAUAAAAAAAUAUGACAAUACAACUGAAAAAGAGUCGUGUUCAAAUCACAGAUUUUAUACACUGUUAAAAAAGAUGGUUCUUCAAGAGUUCUUUAAUAAAGGAAAGGGUUCUGCAUAGAAUCAUAAACACCCAAAGAACCAUUGUCAUGAUUAAAUGUGUUUCAGUGUUUAUGGUUCUAUAUAGAACAAUGGAACCCUGGACAAACCAUCUUUUUAAGAGUGUAGCUGAAAAAAAAGAAGUGCUGUGUUUGUGUUAAAGAACAGGGAGAACAGAGAAUGUGGAACUCUAGUUUUAUAAUCACUGGGUAAUGAAUCUGUUCCAAUAUAUUUCUUUAGAAAUUUUAUAAAAGCUAUAUGUUUGUUUCUGAUUACUAAAACUGCAUGUGAGGUAAACAUUAGCAGCAGAUGAUCAUCCCUCCUUCUCCUCACCUCUCUUCGGUUCUCCUCAUCUCUCUUCGGUUCUCCUCAUCUCUCUUUGGUUCUCCUGGCUUGUGUAAGAAGAGCAGCUGAUCUCCUGCAUGAAUGCCUGUAACAUUAGUUUUAUUAUGUUUUAUGAAUAAAGAUAGGACUGAAAACCAA